AUGAAUGGACAGGCAAGCCAUAUAGCUAACAAGUGUGCCAAACCUGAAAUCCCAGGAUUUGAUCACAAAAUCAUGGACACCAUGCCUGGACGGCAAAAUAAAUAUUUAACAGUCGACAGCUCCAAAGCUGUUGAGAUCAAUGCCGAAAGACAACAAGCGGAACAAUGCAGCGAAGGACAUUUUGAACAGUAUACCCAAAAGCAUAAAUUUGAAAAUGUUGCACUGCGUCCAUCAUCUAUGGCUCAUGACCAUGCGAUACCAUUAACAAUAUCACCAUCGCGAAAGCACAAUGGAACCGAUUGCCAUCCAUAA